UUUAUUUUUUUCUCUCCUUUUUCUUGCUCAUUUUCCAUCUGUCCCCGUCAAACUAGAAAGUGACCAUUCCUGAGUUCAGCCUCCUCCCGCUGUUCUCUGAAUGAGCCUUCACCGCCGCAGCUCCACUCCACCGGCGGAUCUCUUUUCAUCACCGCCGUCUACCCUAGCGGGCGGCUCCGCCCCAGUUUCUAUUUCACCAACCGGUUAUUCAAAUUAGGACGUGGGCGACAUGAAGGGUGGUAAACACCAGGAAACAAGCAGAGGACAAGAGAAAGAAGAUCAUGGAACUGUGGAAGGAGACGUUGCCAAGCUCUCGGAAGGAAAGCCCGGGGAUGUGAUUUGGACCAAGCUUUCUGGUCGUACAUGGUGGCCUGGACUGGUUCUUGAUGAAGAUGCGGUGGGUAGACGGAACAAACGUGGAAAGCGAUCAGAAAGAGAUGUUCUUGUUAGACUGUAUGGAAGUUCUAAACAGUAUGUAGCUUCCGUGUUCAUCACUUCUCUGCUGUCUGUAUCCAGUAUCAUUUCUGUCCAAAUUAUCAACAGCAGCACUCCGUGUUUACAAUUUUAGAUUCCAGCAUAAUGUUUACUUC